AUGACUUCUGAAAAUUAUUCUAAUUUAGGGGCGUUACCGAGGCAGGUAGGCAGCUGCUCAUACUGUGCAAGGAUGGCAAUGGUAAAGGGAUUCCUCUUCAGACAGCUGUUUGAGUCAGAGAGCUCCACAUAUACCUACCUGCUGGCAGACGCAGACACCAAGGAGGCUGUCAUUAUUGAUCCUGUGCUGGAGACCAUUGACAGGGACCUGAAAUUCGUAAGCGAACUUGGACUCAAACUGACAGUGGCAGUUAACACCCACUGCCAUGCAGACCACAUAACAAGCACAGGACCAAUGAAGAAAAGAGUACCUGGACUGAAGAGUGCCAUUUCCAAACUCAGUGGUGCAUCUGCUGAUAUCCACUUAACAGAGGGAGACAAGAUCCCCUUUGGAAGACACUGCCUGAUUGUAAGAGAGACACCAGGACACACUGAUGGGUGUAUAACCCUGGUAACUGGGGAUCAGACUAUGGCUUUCACUGGUGAUGCUCUCCUCAUUAGAGGCUGUGGCAGGACAGACUUCCAGCAGGGUUGUGCCAAAAGGCUUUACAAGUCAGUCCACGAGAAGAUCUUCACCCUGCCCGAUGAGUGCCUCCUCUACCCAGCACAUGACUACUUAGGUCGGAUGGCUUCAUCAGUCGGUGAGGAGCGCAAGUUUAAUCCACGCCUAACAAAGACCAUGGAGGAGUUUGCAGAUAUCAUGAACAACCUGAACCUGCCCAAUCCCAAAAAAAUGGCAACUGCAGUGCCUGCUAAUCUGGUUUGUGGACUGCAAGACUAAAUGUGUGGACUGAAUGUGCACCACAAGACGAUAA